CUUGAGAUGGAAACAUCCCUACCUUACCCUGUGUUGCCUGAGUCUUGUCUUCGCGGUAAGUGGCGGUGCACCGUGACGGCAACUGUGGCGUAAGCUGGUCUUUCCAGGUCCUCAAUUUUGGCAGGACCAGGGCGCCGGGGAACACGUGCACAAUGGGCCUGAGGAAGCUCCCGCACAGGCCACCCACAGUCACGGGGAGCCACAGCAGGUGCUGUCGUUUCACACCUUCCCGCUUCAUUCUCAAGGUUGAGUCUGUCUGGCAAUAACGUCCCAGGGAGCAAAUUUUCAACUACACGCUUCCUCUUCAUCCUCUGGAUGCCAUCAAACACACCAUCUCAUUGUCGCACAUCUUCUCCCAUUGUCUGCGUUGUAUUCAACUCACUUUUCCGUCGCCAUUGCCCGCGAUUGUAAGACCACGAUUCGACCACCUGUUCCUCGUCAGCUACCUCGUUCAUUAAGCUCCGCAUUGUAUCUCAUCAUAUCCGCCGACAGCUGAACACCAUUGUAAGUUAUCUUUAUCCCUCACGUUCCUGUAAACGAGAAACUUUCUAUCCCGCGUGUCUGCGUCUGAAUACACCCCGAUUGGCAUCAGACAGGCACCACAGCUUGGCUCAUGCUGUGAUUCACUCACACGACCUCACUCUCAUGCCGACGAUUCACUUCUGUGAACGACGACAUCGUUAUAAACAGUCUCCCUCUCAUCACCUGGUCACUCAUCUCCCCGUUUCCUUUAAUGCACCCUUGCUUGAUGACAUUCUUGAGUGGCUGUCACGAAUCGGAGUUUUUUCUUCAGCUCGACUAACACCAUCUAGGUCGAUCCACAUCACCGUACAGGCCAGGAUGUCAACCGAUGCGCCGGUCGCCGCUUCGAAUGGCAUCCCCGAGGUUGCCACUCCGGAGGCCAAGCAAGAGCCCACGGAGGAGCAGGAGAUGCCGUUCUCAUGGCUUCAGCCGCACUCAACGUUCGCCAUCGUCCUCGUCGGAACCGAACAGAAGCCGUUUGGCCUUCAGAGAGACUUCUUGUGUGCCAAAUCAAAAUACUACCAUGAUUACUUCAAAGAACAGAACGCGGCCUCCGAGGCCAUCGAGAAUGUGGUGAAGCUCCCACAGUACACACCGGAGGUCUUCGGCUUGGCUCAGCUGUUUCUCUUCACUGGAGUAGUCUCAGAGGAUGCAGGGUCGUUCCCGUCCUAUGAGGCACUUGUUGGUGUGUGGAAGUUGGGUCACGAACUGGGUAUCGAUGGUCUCUGCGAUACGAGUCUUGACGCAAUGAAAGAGUGCAGACGUCUCACUCAGAAUAUCCCCGCCACUCCCCUUCUUGUCCAGGUUUGGAAGGACACCCCUGAGGGCUCAACUAUUCGGAAGCUCCUCCUCUCGUGGGCGGCAGAGUAUAUGCGCUCAUCCGACAAGAAGGCCGAGUUUGCCAAGUCUCUCCCUCAGGAGGUUCUGAGCGAGCUGGUCGUGACCAUGAGUUCACUCGAGAACCUGCCUACGCCCCCUGCAGCAGCCGACACUGCGUCCGCCGAGCCCACCCCUAGAAAAAGUGUGCACUAUCUGGAGGAGGACAGUGAAGAGGAACAAGAACACAUGUCCAAGAAGAACAGGCGGGCCUCUGCGCCGUUACCGGCGUCCCAGAAUAGAGACAAGGCGUUUUCCCGCGCGCCACCUCCCCCGGUCCGCAAGGCGGCGGCUGUAGCGGCGGCAGCAUCGGCACCUCGUCAAAAGCCCGUCGUCCAAAAACGACGCAGCAUUGUUACGGGGCCAAGUGGCGAAAUCACGACCUCUCAAAAGGUCGAGUUCUGUUCCGAUCUUCUUGAUAGAAUGCUAUCGGGACCUGGUUUUUGGACGAGACUGGUUGGGCCAUUCAAGGAACCUGUCGAUCCUGCCGAGGAUGGUGUACCCGAUUACUUUGAGAAGGUGAAGAAACCAAUGGACCUAAACACAGUCAAGCUCAAGAUGUCGCAACACCAGUACCAGACAGAAGACGAGUUUGCGGCCGACGUGCGCCAGAUUUUCGAAAACUGCUACACGUACUGGAAAAAGGGCGAUCCCAUGUGGGCGGCAUGUGAGAAGUUCCAGCGAACAUUUGAGGACAAGUAUGCCCAAAUGCACAAGAACAUCUCCAAAAUGCUGCGCGAGCCGGUCGACUAGACUGUUCUCGUCAACAUGAUUCUCCAGCCGGUGGUACUUUUUAUGAUAUGGAUUGGGGGUUUGCGUGUAUAAUAUUUCACGAGAAGACGGACGGUGGUUUUCUUGGAACGCGCUGCUGAGGUUAAUUUUAAUGGGGGAGCGCGAUAAGAACGUGCUAUAUAGUGUGUAUCGUUAGGAGCAAGGUGCAAGGAAUUGGGGAGGAGGAGUGGAAUUGGUUUCGAGGAGG